AUGGGUCCUCGAUACCCUCUUGAAAUACCUGCCGGCUCCCCUUUUCCAGUGCAGAACAUUCCCUAUGGGGUCUUCAGUACACCUGACGGUGUAGGCCUGGGCUCUAAAAAAAGAGCUGGCGUAGCCGUCGGCUCCUAUGUAUUAGAGCUUGACCUCCUUGUGAAGGCCGGCCUUUUUGACAGUUGUGGCGUAGACAACAAGUUGGACGGUGUCUUCCUACAACCAAAUUUGAAUUCUUUUGCGACGUUCCUGACGACAGAGCGCGGACACAUUCGUGCCGCCAUUAUCAAACAUCUCACUACCCAGUCUUCCCCCCUAUUUGAGAACAAAGAGCUCAAUGAUCGAGCUUUCAUCCCUCUGGAGCAGGUGCAGAUGCACCUUCCCAUGUCAAUAACCGAUUAUACAGACUUUUUCAGUUCGUUGGUCCAUGCGGAAAACGGCUGUCGCAGCCUAAAUAUUCCUAUCCCUCAAGCCUUCUGGGAAUAUCCAAUGGCUUAUAAUGGACGUAUAGGCUCAGUUGCGAUCUCUGGGACGGACGUCGUUCGCCCGCAUGGGUUCUUCAAGCCUCGGAGCUCGGACAAGACGGCCCUCCACCCAUCAGAGCUCCUCGACUUCGAGAUUGAAAUGGGGGCCUUCGUCUCCAAACCAGUGAACAUGGGUGAGAAGGUCUCUGCCAUGACAGCAUCAGAGCACAUUUUCGGCUACGUCCUACUGAACGACUGGUCAGCGCGAGAUAUUCAAGGCUACGAAAUGAGUCCUUUUGGUCCAUUCCAUUCUAAAAGUUUCCUUACCAGCAUCUCGCCAUGGGUAGUGACACUUGAUGCCUUGAGAGGGAGCCCUACAGAACCGCCUCCCACCCAUGCUUCGAUAGUCAGUCCCACGCUGGACUUGGACCGAAAGGAUCACGGUCUUUUCGACGUUGACUUGAGCGCCCGUGUAUCACGCAAAGGCGGAGAGGUCGUAGAGCUUGCUCGUUGUAAAAUGGCGGAUGGCUACUGGACGCCCUAUCAGCAUGUCGCUUACCAGUCCUCCUCGGGCUGUGGGCUCCACACGGGAGAUCUCCUGGGUACCGGCACGUUUUCAUCUCCGGAUAUGAGAAGCGCCCAAGGGCCUGAUGAAAAAUCUUUCAUGACUUUUGGUUGUUUAAUGGAAGCUCACAUCGUAGGCCAUAAGUUGCCGGAUGUCGACGGUCGUCCGUUUACGUUUCUGGAAGAUGGUGACCGGCUCACAAUCGAUGGUUGGUUUAGGACACCAGAUGGGAGCAAAGCUGGGUUCGGUGGUGUCACUGGGCUGGUUCUACCACCCAUUGCAAUUAGCUGA